GAUGGAGACACGAGUGGGACGCGUCGAUACGCACCAGACCGUUUACUGAAAAAAUAGAGGCGAAAGGGAUUUCUAUACCAAUCGAUCGUUUACACCACUGUGCUCAAUGGAUACCGGUUGUUUCAGCGCGGCGCAGCGUAUUUCGUGCCACGCCAUGAAUGCGGAUUUAUUUAAGGCUGCUCCGGAGCGUGGACCCCAGCAGCCCUCGUCUGCCCCGGCGAAGAACAGCAGGAACAAAUCCGACCAAACCAAACCAGAGCUGGCUCAGGUGGUGACGGACUCCAAGACGGGAAGAUCCUACAGUAAAGGGAAGCUUUUGGGAAAGGGUGGCUUUGCUAGAUGCUACGAGAUGACAGACCUGUCCAACAACAAAAUGUAUGCUGUGAAGGUGAUUCCGCAGAGCAGGGUGUCCAAACCACACCAGAGGGACAAGAUUACCAAUGAGAUUGAACUGCACAAAACCCUGUCGCACAAGCAUGUGGUGAAAUUCUCGCACCAUUUUGAAGACCAAGAAAACAUCUACAUAUUCCUCGAGCUCUGCAGUCGGAAGUCCCUGGCACACAUUUGGAAGGCGAGACACACGCUCACGGAGCCAGAAGUGCGAUAUUACCUCAAACAGAUCAUAUCCGGCCUCAAGUACCUCCACAGCAGAGGAAUCCUGCACAGAGAUCUCAAACUAGGCAACUUCUUUGUCAAUGAGAACAUGGAGCUGCGGCUGGGAGACUUUGGCCUCGCUGCCAAGCUGGAGACAGUCGAACAGAGGAAAAAAACAAUUUGUGGGACUCCCAACUACUUGGCCCCUGAGGUGCUCAACAGACAGGGCCACGGCACGGAGUCUGACGUGUGGUCCCUCGGAUGUGUCAUGUACACAUUGAUGUGCGGCAACCCUCCUUUUGAGACUCUUGACUUGAAAGAAACAUACAAGUGCAUAAAGGAAGUUCGGUACAACCUGCCGUCCACGCUUUCCCCUGCUGCACAGAAACUCAUCUCAGGCAUCCUCCAGAAAAAUCCCAGUGACAGACUCUCACUGGACCAAAUCCUCAACCACGAAUUCUUCACCAAAGGUUACACUCCUGACAAACUUCCCCCCAGCAGCUGUGUGAUGGUGCCAGAGCUUCACCCCCCAAGCCCUGCCAAGAAAUUCUUCACUAAAAUGGCCAAGAGCCUCUUUGGCAAGAAGAAAGCAAAAGUGGAGAAGAUUCCAUGUGAGGAAAAAGAUGACAAGGACAUUUCCAAGCUGGUGUCGGGCAUCGUUAAAUGUUCCAUCAACCGGCAGAUCAGCUACAAAACAGUGGGACCCAAUGAGGUGCCCUCUCCCAACGGUCAGCUGGCCGGCUCCGUGCCUCUGGAACAGACACCCGCCGAGGAGGAAUCUAGGAAGUCAAUCUCUCGCUCCUUUAAGGGCACCAUGGCCAGCAGCACUGAACCAUGUGAGGAUGUCCUGACCCCAGCAGCUGUUGCGGAGUCAGCCUUGAAAGUUCUCAACAGCUGCCUGGCCACCAUGCCUGCAGCCACCAGAAACCCACCCUGUUUGUCCAGGCCACAGUCCUUCCUGUGGGUGACUAAAUGGGUUGACUACUCAAACAAAUAUGGUUUUGGCUACCAGCUGUCGAACCAAAGCAUCGGUGUGCUCUUCAAUGAGGGAACGCAUCUCAGCCUGUGUGACCAACGCAAGACAGUCCACUACUGCCUGACCAACAACAAACACUUCACUUUCCCAACCAGCUCUCUACCUGAGCAGCUUCGCAGCCAGAAACAAAUAGUAGAGCUCAUGGCCAACUACAUGGAGCAGAACCUGAUGGAGGGUGGAGAUCUGCAUUGUGAGGACCACGUCUCAGGUCCUCCUCCUCUGCUCCUCCAGUGGGUCAAAACUGAUCAUGCUCUCGUCAUGCUCUUCAACAAUGGCACUCUACAGGUCAACUUCUACACGGACCACACCAAGAUCAUCCUGUCUAAGUCAUCUGACGACUCCUACCUGCUCACCUACAUCAGCCGGGAACGCAUUUCCUACACUUACCUCCUGAGCAUGCUGAAUGAGAUGGGCUGCACCUCUGAGCUACGGUACCGGCUCAGAUACGUGGUCCAGCUGCUCCAACACCACACUGAUGCCUGAGAGCGCAGCUCAGUGCCUCCCGGGCUGCCUGAGCGGUAGAUGCCUUGGAGGCAACCUGACUGGUUAACACAUUUUCUUAGGCAGCCUGACUGGUUGAUAUAAUUUCUCAAGGUGGUGCCGGGAGAGAGGUCGACACCUGUUCAGUUGACGGAUGGAAGGCUGCUCAACUCCUCUGAGCAAUAUACUUGUCUGGAGCGGUGCCUAGGCAGCUGAUUAUCACACUGGCUGACCUUGAUAAACGUCAAGCAGUCGGGGGAAGUUGCCCGACGCAGCAUCUGCCUGAAGGGUUUGUGCUCGUCCAGCUCCUGCCUCCAAAGGUAUCCACCCGGAAGGUAUUGAUGCCUGAAAUAAGAGACUCAUGCCUGGCCUGAAACAAUGGAUCCCUCACAGGCAGAUGCCUACAUAAACACCCAGUUACCUUCGCUCACUCACUCACGACCACCGCUUCUCGGCUUGACCUUUCAAAGCCACCAAACCCUGCAGCUUUCAGCCUUCCCUGAUAGCCGAAAAACACAGGCAUGGUUUCUCAAAGGUAUCUAAACACUACAAUUGUCCUAUCUGUUUGCAAUGGAGCAGGGACCAUCUUGUAGCUGAAAUGCUUUUAGGCUCGGUUUUCCAAAAAGCAUUUUAGUAGCAAGUAGCACCGUUGACUCACACUGCAACUGUGAUCUGUCAGCAGAGAUGCUUUGGGAAGAAGUAUGGCUUGACUGGACAGAGAGAGAGAGAGAGUGAAACCCUCCUACCCUCAGUUGGUUUCUGGCCUUUUUGGACCAUGGUACACACAUUCUUUUUUCUUUCUUUUUUUUUUUUUUGUUUUAAUUUCAAAAAACAAGUAUGAGCCAGCUCUAGGAUCACAUUAAGAUCUCGACCUCACAUGCACAAAUAACAUUCCUGGCCUUAUUUGAUGAUGUUGAUGCUAAAGUUUUGAGAGUUAUUGCUUCUUAUGCUCCAACAUCACUUGUUUUUUCAUCCUUAGAUACAAACUUCACUGAUGUGGUACACUGCAUACUACAGGGGCUAUGAUGGGAGCAACACAACUUUGCACUUUUUUUUUUUCUCUUUUUGUAAAUUCAUCUGGAAAACCUUUUUACUAUCACAUGUUCUAUUUUAUUUGUUUUUAACUAGAUGACUAGAUACCAAAAGGAUUUUUCUUUGUUGGAUUUUAAAGUGAUUCAGUUUUAACUUCACAUCCAGUAGGUAAAUACGUGUGCGAGUGCGUCACGCAAGCAGAAUUGUCGGUUGGAAAAUGAGGGUGGGGAGGGGAGAUAAAAGUGCCUUUCUGAGGGAUGUCUGUAUAGUGCAAUAACAACCCUUUGUGAAUGUCAAGCUGGCUACAAACAAGAUUUGAGAUGGGUUUUACAGGUGGGAUUUACUCUUGAGCUAAGUUUAAAGGUAAAUCCAAUCGCACUACACUCUCACUACCUGGUAUAAGCUUUUAGAACAACUGUUAUCAUAAGUAUAUAUCCCAAUAAUAUCUACUAUGGAAAAAGAAAACAUUGUACUCUGUUGUACUGUACUGUAAUCCUUAUCGGUUUACAUUGCUUUCUCGACCCAGAGUUGUAUCCUAAAAAACUGUGACCUGGAAUGCAAGUAUUAACGUACAUGUGUUUUCAAAAAACCCAACAUUGUGAAAGCCAUCUGCCAAUUCAGAAGAGUCUUUAUUUUUUGGCACAUAACGUCCUGUUUAUUUAUUUUUUAUUUAUAUGUGGUUUUUUAUUUAUUGUGUAAAUGUUACGGUCUUGACACAAGGAAAUGUUCAAUUCCGAUCACCUUUUUUGUAUGUAACAUUUUGGGGAAAAUGGGAUAAAAAUAAAGUUUAUUGAAAAUGAAUGAAA